AUGUUCAUAUCUGCAGUGUGCCGGCCACUAUUUGCUGCAGAUGGCAGCAUUAUAUUUGAUGGGAAGAUAGGCAUAUUCCCAUUUACAGAGAUGGUGGCAGCAAAAAGAUCAAGUAAGAACAGGGUGGCUGGAACUCUAGAGCAAAAGCCCAUAGAAAGUGUGAGCAAACCAGUUAUGAGAGACUUUUUCAUCAACAAGAUUGUGCCUGCCAUCAUAACCAAGUGGCCCUCUUUUGCAAGCAAAGAUGUGUUUAUUCAACAAGAUAAUGCAAGACCACAUAUUUGCAAUGAUGACUUGGAGUUUAGAGAGGCUGCCACACGUGAUGGUUUCAAUAUCAACAUUGUGAAUCAACCUCCAAACUCACCCGACACCAAUAUCAAUGACCUUGGGUUUUUUAGGGCCAUUCAAAGCCUACAAACUGAAAUUGCAUGCAGUGAUGUUGAUGAUUUAGUGAAUGCAGUGCAUAAAGCUUAUGAAGACCUAGAUCCAAUGGCUUUAAACUGUGUUUUCUUAAGCUUACAAGGUUGCAUGUUGGAGAUCAUGAAGGUGAAGGGCAAUAACUGUUAUAAGCUGCCACAUAUGAAGAAAGGGGCAUUGAUUAGACAAGAUUUGCUUCCAACAAGUUUGGAAGUCCCCCAUGAACUUGUCACACAAAGCAUGAAGUAUUUGAAAGAUCAAGGUGCAGAGGAAGGACUAGAAGAGCUAAUGGAUAGAUUAGGCAUUAAUGAAGCAAAUAUGGAUGGCAUUGAAGAACUUUUCAAUGCCAUGAUGUUGCUUGAUUAA